AGGCAGUCUGGCCCAUCAGGAAUUAGCGCGCCGCAUAUUUGCUUUGGUGCAACUAACAGCACGAGUCUGUUGGUAAAUAUUGAGAUUCCGCUGCACUGCAGGCUGCGGCGCGGGCUCCCCUGUUGAUGAGCUGCAGCUAAUCCGCGUGCAUUUCCCUGUAAACAGGUCCGUGCAUGAGAAAGGGCCCGCGGCCCCUCCUCCAGCCUGCGCGAGCGGUCGGUCACGGGGCCACGGAGCCGAAGCGCUCAGACUCACUUCUACCUGGUCUUUUGCUGCAUUUCCAUCUCCACCGAACCUGCAGACGAUCCUUUGUGACCCACCAGAGGUGAAAAAAACACGCACGCAGGUAUUCCUGCGCGCCUCGGGUCCAGCUUGAAGGCGAUGAGCGCGUAACCAUAACAACUGCGCUGUGAUUGGCUCAUCUGGCACGGGAAUUAACGAGGCCGUCCUCCAAUCUGAGCUCUGGAUGCGCCUCGCGCUGGCAGAACCUCGUGAUAACCCACGCAGGCACAGUGAUGUGAAAGUGGCAACGUGAGGUGAACGUUCCCGGAGCGAGGGGGGGAUUACUCCAAACUGACCGGCGAUGGUGUUUCCGGCGCGGCUCUGAGGAGGACAUGGUCGCUCUGCACGCUGCGCAGUCUCCGCCGCUCUCCGCCGGGUUGUGGAUUGUGUGACAGGUAACCGGGACUCCGCGCCAGCAGCUCCCGGUGGAUUGACACCGGUUUCCCGCCUGCACAGCAACCGCCUCCCGGAGUCAAGACGUUGUUCCGCGCAGAACCGGGCCGCCCCAGUCCGCGCAACGCAGUCCGUGUGGGAAGGUUGGCUCUCGGCGCCCUGAAGGCCGGAAACAUGAUGGUCCUGUGCGCCGGCUGCGAGCGGCCCAUCCUGGACCGGUUCCUGCUCAACGUGCUGGACCGAGCCUGGCACGCCAAGUGCGUGCAGUGCUGCGACUGCAACUGCAACCUGACGGAGAAGUGCUUUUCCCGGGACGGGAAGCUCUAUUGCAAAAUGGACUUUUUCAGGCGGUUUGGCACAAAGUGCGCGGGCUGCCUUCAGGGAAUCUCCCCCAACGACCUGGUGCGCAAAGCGCGCAGCAAGGUGUUCCACCUGAACUGCUUCACCUGCAUGGUGUGCAACAAGCAGCUGUCCACGGGCGAGGAGCUCUACGUGAUAGACGAGAACAAGUUUGUGUGCAAAGAAGACUACCUGAGCCCCGGAAGCAUCAAAGAAGUCAGCCUAAACUCGGUGUCCUCGUGCACGGACAGGAGUUUAUCCCCGGAUCUGCCGGACCCGACUCAGGACGACAUCAAGGAGACGGACAAUUCCACGUCCUCGGACAAGGAAACGAACAAUAUCGAGAACGAGGAGCAGAACUCGGGGGCAAAGAGGCGGGGGCCUCGGACCACCAUCAAGGCCAAGCAGCUGGAAACGUUAAAGGCGGCGUUUGUAGCCACGCCGAAGCCCACGCGGCACAUCCGGGAGCAGCUGGCGCAGGAGACGGGGCUGAACAUGCGCGUCAUCCAGGUCUGGUUCCAGAAUAGAAGGUCCAAAGAACGGCGAAUGAAGCAGCUGAGUGCUCUGGGGGCCCGACGCCACGCUUUCUUCAGGGGUCCGAGGAGGAUGCGGCCUCUGGGAGGCCGGCUGGAGGAUCCCGACAUUUUAGGACCCGGAGCUUACGGUUACUACGGAGAAUACCAAGGUGACUACUAUGGACCUGGGAUCAACUACGACUUCUUCCCCCAUGGCCCCCCGUCCUCACAGGCGCAGUCCCCGGCGGAGUCUCCCUACAUUUUGGGCUCUGGGCCUGGAGCCAUGGAGGGAUCGGGACACCACCCGUCAGACGACCAAAGGUUCACGGACAUGAUCUCUCAUGCAGAAACUCCCAGCCCCGACCCAAGCUUACCCAGUUCCCUUCAGCCGGUGCCGGGGGAAGCGUACGGAGGUGGGCCCAGCCCCCCCUUUUCCCUGGCCAGCAAUUCUAGCUACAGCGCUCCAAUGUCCCAUCAGGGCCAAGAGAUGGGAGAAGCAGCGGCGUGGUAAACGGACCAAACACAAAGACAGUCCAGGGCUGAGCAGGCCCGGUUCAUUCAGGGGACAGCAUUGUUAGCAGGGGAGGGAGGGGCGCUCAAAUUUCUACAGAUCGUUUUUUUUUUUGUUGUGUUUUUUUUUCAUAAACUGAUGGAGUCAAAAAUGACACCGCCCUCCUGGAUUACCAGACUUGAAAUGUCUAAAAAAAAUAAAGUCAACAGUGCUUCUCUGCUUCUCCUUGAUGUAACGAAGGUUCCUUCUUAACGCUCUAGAAACACAUUAGCACCAAAACGCCAAAGGGGGUCUUAAUUUUCUCACCACAUCUUCAAAAACGAGGCUUCAAAGCAACAUUUCCAAGUUCAUCUGUCGCACGGUUUCAUCUCACUGAAAACAUUGUUUCAUGUGGAGCGAAUCAAAGGCUGCUGCUUCCUCACACUCAAAACGUUCCUCACGCACAGAGGCGUGUGCUUGAUCAGAGCUUGAAAGAAGGAUGUCUUUACCAUCAUUCAGCACACGAACAGCUCUGCAGACGCACACAUCCAGGCGGCCCUGGUAGCUCUGCUCCGCUCACUGCUCCACCUGACCUUCCUAUUGUUACUGUCCCUUUAAAAAAAAACACGUUUUAAUGGAAAUGAUUUUCAAAA